ACGUUCUCGGCACUGACCAGCGUGGCGCGCGCCCUGGCGCCGGAGCGCCGGCUGCUGGGACUGCUGCGGCGCUACCUGCGCGGGGAGGAGGCUCGGCUUCGGGACCUGACAAGAUUCUAUGACAAGGUGGUUUCUUUGCAUGAGGAUUCAGAAACCCCUGUGUCUAACCCUCUGCUUGCCUUUACUCUCAUCAAACGCCUACAGUCUGACUGGAGGAAUGUAGUACAUAGUCUGGAGGCCAGUGAGAACAUCCGAGCUCUGAAGGAUGGUUAUGAAAAUGUGGAGCAAGACCUGCCAGCCUUUGAGGACCUUGAGGGAGCAGCAAGGGCCUUGAUGCGACUGCAGGAUGUGUACAUGCUCAAUGUGAAAGGCCUGGCCCGAGGCGUCUUUCAGAGAGUUACUGGCUCUGCUGUCACUGACCUAUACAAUCCCAGAAGGCUUUUCUCCCUCACAGCGGAUGACUGCUUCCAAGUUGGCAAGGUGGCUUAUGACAUGGGGGAUUACUACCAUGCCAUUCCAUGGCUGGAGGAGUCUGUCAGGCUCUUCCGAGGGUCUCAUGGGAAAUGGAACACAGAGGAUGAGGCAAGUCUAGAGGAUGCCUUGGAUCACUUGGCCUUUGCCUAUUUCCAGGCGGGAAAUGUUUCAUGUGCCCUCAGCCUCUCCAGAGAGUUUCUUCUCUAUAGCCCAGAUAAUAAGAGAAUGGCCAGGAAUGUGUUGAAAUAUGAAAAGCUCUUGGCAGAGAGCCCCACCCAGGCAGUAGUGGAGGCUGUCAUCCAGAGGCCCAAUGUACCCCACCUGCAGACCAGAGACACCUACGAGGGGUUGUGUCAGACCCUGGGUUCCCAGCCCACUCACUACCAGAUCCCUAGCCUCCACUGCUCCUAUGAGACCAAUUCCAGUCCCUACUUGCUGCUCCAGCCCGUGCGGAAGGAGGUCAUCCACCUAGAGCCCUAUGUUGUUCUCUACCAUGACUUCGUCAGUGACUUGGAAGCUCAGAAAAUUAGAGGGCUUGCAGAACCGUGGCUUCAGAGAUCCGUGGUGGCGUCAGGCGAAAAGCAGUUACCAGUGGAGUACCGCAUCAGCAAAAGUGCCUGGCUGAAGGACACUGCUGACCCCAUGCUGGUGACCCUCGACCAUCGCAUUGCUGCCCUCACAGGCCUUGAUGUCCAGCCUCCCUAUGCAGAGUAUCUCCAGGUGGUGAACUAUGGCAUUGGAGGGCACUACGAGCCUCACUUUGAUCAUGCUACGUCACCAAGCAGCCCACUGUACAGAAUGAAGUCUGGGAACCGGGUUGCAACAUUUAUGAUCUAUCUGAGCUCGGUAGAAGCUGGAGGAGCCACAGCCUUCAUCUAUGCCAACUUUAGUGUGCCUGUGGUCAAGAAUGCAGCACUAUUUUGGUGGAACCUGCAUAGGAGUGGUGAAGGGGACAGUGACACACUUCAUGCUGCCUGUCCAGUCCUGGUGGGAGAUAAAUGGGUGGCCAACAAGUGGAUACACGAGUAUGGACAGGAAUUCCGCAGACCCUGCAGCUCAAGCCCUGGAGACUAAGAUGUUGGCAGACAGAACAUUGGUGGAGUUCUGUGGCUUUCCAGAGAAGCCAGAAGCCAGAAGCUGGGGGAGGAGGGGAGAAAGGGGAGUAGCCUUCUGGAAGAGGGCCUUGUCAGCAUUGCCUGUUCCUCACAGAUGGGAGACAAGGAAGUGGGCUUUCCCAGAGAAUCUACCUUGUUUAUUCUCCAGCUCCGAGUCACAGUAGAGUGGACAAUUCAAAGGACUGGGCAAGAAGGCUGGAGAGAGGUUUCUGGAGCUCACACACUCUGUUGGGAAUAGGACAUAUCAACAGUCUCUGGGGUUUGGUUAGUGGGGCUUUUGCCAUUCUGAACCUUGACCAUAGGGGCCCAGGAGUGGCAAUGAGGACACCUGUAGGCAGUCUAGCCUGGCUCCUAUGGCUUUUUGCCCUUCUGCGCAACUUCUGCUGAAGACUGAGCAGAGAGUGUCUCUAUAUUGGGAGUGUACCUCAUAUGAUACUUUUUAAGCAGAAAGCAAUUUCUUUUUUUAUGGGACGAUUUUUUAAUAAUGCUACUUUUUAAAUCGGGGACAUGUUUUUUAAUGCUACUUAAUAGCAUAAAAAAUGUAUACAAAUCGUUUUUCACAACCGAGAAUAUUCUUGCGUUAUAACAUUGAGUGAAAAAAAGCAGAGCGUAAAAUUUUUAUGCCAUAAUCUCAACUCGGCUCACCUCCCACUGCUCCCCUCUCACUACAUUCCAGACACAGGGCAUUCUUUCUGUUCCUCAAAACCACCACGCUCAUAGUCCUCAACAUCAUGCCCGCUUCUCAGGUCUUUGUAUUUGCUGCUCCCUCGGAUCCUCCCCUGGCCAGCUCUUCUCAUCAUUCCACUCUUGGCUCAGUGUCAUUUCAGAGAGGCCUUCCCUGACCACCUGACCUUCCAGCCAUUUUCUUUCACGUUUACUGAUUUUAUGUUCUUCAUAACAUGUUUCGCAAAUUGAAAUUACUUUAGUCAUUUGUUUAAUUGUGGCCAGUUGCCUUCCCUGCAGGGUGAGUGCUUUAAGACCCCACUGUACUUUGUAAAUGCCUCUAUUAUAGCCCCCAUCUCACUGAA